AUGGCCGUCAGCAAUGGUUGCAAGGGCCAACGACGAAGGCGCCGGAGGGAGCUGAACAAUAAGAACCUGACAAACACACAAGCUGCAAAGACGGCUAAAUCAAGGUCAAAGAAAUCAAAAGCAAAGACAAAGACACCAAAACAACUCGAGUCUAGUAAACCCAAGAAAGCCCUGAAAUCAAAGACAGUCUUGGUUACAUCUGACGGCGAUGACAGCGAGAUCGAAUGCUUGAACCCUUAUCGCCAAGACAAACAAAUCAUUUGCUUGGAUUCGGAGGAUGACGAUACUGAAUUGGACGCUUCUCGGUGUGAUCAUGCUGUUAAUCAAAUAGACCCAACCUCUGCUAUUUGCUUUGAUGAAAGCGAGAUCAACCUAGCUGAUAGUCUCAAUCCUGUCGCAUCAAAAAGUAACCAUCAUUCCACUAAUUCCCAUUCAGAACUCCCAACUGAAAUUAGCGGUUUUGAAGACAACACAUUUGACCUAUACGAAAAGAAGAUGGAUGAACGAAACCAAGCAAACAAUCUGGUUUUGUACAUGGAGGCUGCCAUUCAAGAUGACACUUCUGAUGAAGAGGCCCCUGAAGAUGAAGACGAUCUGUUGCAAGAAAUGUGGUUGGUGUUCUAUGGACCAGUAUCCUAUGCCGAAACUCAACCCCGGAAACGAGUCUUGAAAUCUGGAAAAUCUGGUUAUCAACAACCGGUUGCAAGCUCAAAUCCUUUGUCUCAAAAGCUAGUCCCACGAGCUCUUCCAAGACAGACCAAGCACGACAGGAAGAACAAACAACUCAAAGCACUCGGACCCAACAAUAAUAUCAUGCAAAAUUUCCUCAUGAAACAGCCUACUAGUACCACUCAGGAAGAAUCCGAUGCAGCAAUCGAUCCAAAUCUCAAUGAGGCAACACUUGAGGACACAAACCUAGAAAAGUCCAUUGGCAAAGACGAAACUAGAAAACAACUGAAUGACGAGCAGGCCCGUUAUCUUGCAGCCCCAAAAGCUUCCAAAUCCACAAGUGAUGCCCAGAGGACCGAGGCAAGAUCAAAAAGAGCUCAAGCUCAAUGGGAUGAGCUCAACACAGCCAUCUCUUCUGCAACAGCGAUUCUCUAUGAAAAGGCCAAGAAAGACAAGAAGGUCAAGAUACCUCAAUCGACUAUUGACAACUUGAAAGAAUUCAAUACCCUCCGAUAUCAAUACAUCAUGGAUGGAACCCCACUACCCACUUCAGCUGCAUCCCUUGCCACCGCUCGGUCAUCCUUGCGUCGACAUUCGAAAAUGGUCGGCCCCCAAAAGCCCAAGUGUGGCAACUACCUCGCAAAGCUCAUUUGCAAGCAAGCUCAGCAUGUAAUCACCUACCGCGAAAUCCCUACCAACAAAGGUGGAAAUCGGAAAAAUCACCGAUCGAUGCUUAACAAUCCUCAACUCAAGGAAGCCCUCUUCAAAUGGGCUGCUUCACAGUUGCCUGGUGUGGUCACUCCAUUAACCUUCCGAUCACAUGUUGUCAAUGAGCUCCUCCCAAAUUUUGGACUGGAUGCAACACUCAGCCGCAAUGCUGCCACUCGAUGGAUGUAUAAGCUGGGAUAUCGUCCUCAAGAACACAAGAAGGCACUAUAUUUUGACGGCCAUGAGCGACCUGAUGUUGUUCAAGCUAGAUCUGAAUACAUCAAGAACUACACUAUGUAUCGGAAGCGAUCUCGUAUGUACGACUUAGAAACAUUCCAGCUAUCUUCAAAUGUUGAUCCAGAACAUCUGAAUGACAUGAAAGAGACUGUUUUUGUGUACCAUGAUGAGUCAACAACCCAUGCCAAGGAGCGACCUAAAUCAACCUGGCUUCUUCCUGGAACUAGCAAGAUCCGAUCGAAAAAUACUGGACGAUUGAUACAUAUCUCCAACUUCAUUUUGGAGACAACUGGUCAAUUAAAGCUUUCCGAUGAAGAGUUCAACAAAUCUCAACACGAUGCUAGUACCAAGCCUGAGUCAGCUGAUGCAGCUACCAUAAUUUAUCCAGGAUCCAACGGCGACAACUGGUGGGAUAUGGAACAACUCUGUCAUCAAGUUUUGCAAAAGGCCAUCCCAAUCUUUGAGCUCCUUCACCCACAUUCUCAAGCAGUCUUUGUUUUUGAUUGUUCCUCAGCUCACGACGCUUAUGCAAAAACGGCUCUGAGGGUACAGAACAUGAACCUUAGUCCAGGUGGGAAACAAUCUCUUCUCCGUGAUUCAGUCAUCCCCACCGAUGACCCCUGCAUUCCAACACAUCUACGUGGCCUGCCCCAAACGUUUUUCUACAACGCUUCGCAUCCAAAUCCAAAACUAGCAGGCAAGGCAAAGGGAGUCCAAGCCAUCUUUGAGGAAAGAGGGCUUUGGCAACACUACAGUGCCAAAGCGAAACAGGAAAAAAAACCUUCUUUGAAUCUUCGAUGCUCCAUUUGUGCAGCCUCCAACAUACAAAAGGAUGUGAUUGAACGAUCAGCAAGAUUAGUCCGUCAAGCCGAAGAAAGCGGUUAUUUCUUGCCUCACAAACAAAGCUUGUCUGAAAUCGAUGUCCCCGAUGACUCUCACAAUGAAAUUAUCAAUCAAAUUCCAACACAAUCAAACACGAAGACUUGCUGUUGGUCAAUGAUACUUUCUUGUCAAUCGGAUUUUACAAACGAACGACCGUUACUACAAGCAAUCAUUGAAGAUGCUGGUCAUUUAAACGACUCCCAAAAAAUGGAGAGCCGACUCCCAACCCCCGCAAUCCCCAAAUUUUGGGAGUCGAACCCCCAAAACCUUUGA